GAGGGUAGGAUGGGGUGGCGCCGAGAAUGGCCGUUAUUAGGACCCUGAGAGCUAUGGCCAUGCAGAAAAUCUUUGCCCGGGAAAUCCUGGACUCCAGGGGCAACCCCACAGUGGAGGUGGAUCUGUACACGGCCAAGGGCCGAUUCCGAGCAGCUGUGCCCAGCGGGGCUUCCACAGGUAUCUAUGAGGCUCUGGAACUUAGAGAUGGAGAUAAAUCCCGCUACCUGGGGAAAGGAGUCCUGAAGGCUGUGGAACACAUCAACAAGACUCUAGGCCCCGCUCUGCUGGAAAAGAAACUAAGUGUUGUGGAUCAAGAAAAAGUCGACAAAUUUAUGAUUGAGCUGGAUGGGACCGAGAAUAAGUCCAAGUUUGGGGCCAAUGCCAUUCUGGGCGUGUCCUUGGCGGUGUGUAAGGCGGGAGCAGCCGAGAAGGGGGUACCACUGUACCGACACAUCGCAGAUCUCGCUGGGAACCCUGACCUCAUACUCCCAGUGCCUGCCUUCAACGUGAUCAAUGGGGGCUCCCAUGCUGGAAACAAGCUGGCCAUGCAGGAGUUCAUGAUUCUGCCUGUGGGAGCCAGCUCCUUCAAGGAAGCCAUGCGCAUUGGCGCCGAAGUCUACCACCACCUCAAGGGGGUCAUCAAGGCCAAGUAUGGGAAGGACGCCACCAACGUGGGUGAUGAGGGUGGCUUUGCACCCAAUAUCCUGGAGAACAAUGAGGCCCUGGAGCUGCUGAAGACGGCCAUCCAGGCAGCUGGUUACCCGGACAAGGUGGUGAUCGGCAUGGAUGUGGCAGCAUCUGAGUUCUAUCGCAGUGGGAAAUACGAUCUUGACUUCAAGUCACCUGAUGAUCCUGCACGGUACAUCACUGGGGAGAAGCUUGGGGAGCUGUACAAGAGCUUCAUCAAGAACUAUCCUGUGGUCUCCAUUGAGGAUCCCUUUGACCAGGAUGACUGGGCCACUUGGACCUCGUUCCUUUCUGGGGUGAACAUCCAGAUUGUGGGGGAUGACCUCACAGUCACCAACCCCAAGAGGAUUGCCCAGGCUGUUGAGAAGAAGGCCUGCAACUGCCUGCUGCUGAAGGUUAACCAGAUUGGCUCCGUGACUGAAUCCAUCCAGGCCUGCAAACUGGCUCAGUCUAACGGCUGGGGGGUGAUGGUGAGCCACCGCUCUGGGGAGACUGAGGACACAUUCAUCGCUGACCUCGUGGUGGGGCUCUGCACAGGACAGAUCAAGACUGGCGCCCCCUGCCGCUCAGAGCGUCUGGCCAAAUACAACCAACUCAUGAGGAUUGAAGAGGCUCUUGGGGACAAGGCUAUCUUUGCUGGACGCAAGUUCCGUAACCCAAAGGCCAAGUGAGAAGCCGGAGGCCUCAGGACCCCACUGGACAGACCCAGGCCUUUGAGCCCGUCUCCCUGAAAUAAACUCUAGUUCCAACCAA